AGGGCGAGGGCGCUGGCUUUACCAUACGUGUGCAUCGGAGGAUGACACAGACUGGCUGCUGUGACGACAAUUAAAAGCCGGCAAAGGAUCUGACUUAGCGGAUGCAGCCAUGAGGCACCGAGUCGCUCCCUGUGCUGCCGUCGUCGUUGUCCUUGUGCUGCUGUGGGUCACGUCCAAGCACACCGUGCACAUCCCGGAGAGAGCAAGACAACUUCUCGGGAUGGAGAGUGUGGAUCAAACAGGAGUGAAAGUGCAACCAAACGCAUCUUCACCGCCGCCAAAGUGCGGCCUCUCCAGAGCGUGCCCGCCUCAUCAUUUUGCCGUGCACGUGCGCAGCGGAGCCGCUAACGUGGUCGGCCCAAAGAUCUGUUUUGAUGGGAAAAUCAUCAUGAGCCACGUGCUCAACAACGUGGGACCCGGCCUCAACAUCGUUGUCAUCAACGGUGACACUGGAGCUGUGGAGAAAAGCGGCUAUCUGAAUAUGAAAGCUGGAAUCCCAGAGGACAUCUUGGCGUACCUGAAAGAGAUUAAAUCUGGACACAUUGUCAUCGUGGCCUCGUACGGCGACGUGACAACAAAGAUGACAGACGAAAUGAGGGAGAUAUUCACGGGCAUGGGCAGCUCUUUGAUCAAGUCAGUAAGUUACCGUGACAACUGGGUAUUUGCAGGAAGAGGCGGGACAGGAAACGGCAUCAGCGCCUUUGAGAAGCGAGCUGCCAACGACGACAAAAGCAACGCUUACGAGGGAUGGCCCAUGGCCGUGGAGGUGGGCGGAUGUUUCCCCGGGAGAUCGUAACGGACCUGCUGCAGUAUUUUGGAAAAAAACGGUCUACUCAAAGUCGUACAUUUACCGGAAUGAAAGUGGUAAAUGUAUGAGAAUAAAGUGGUGAUAUCGUUCGUGUCAGAAACAAAAUAGCAAACUUUGCUCUUGCUGCAGACGAGCUUUUAUUUAUAACGUGGCUUUUUCUUGUCGUAAAUGUAUAAA